GUUGAAAGUAAGUUUGCAGGCGAAUGCACUUACAAAAUGGAUGUUGAAACUGUGGCGCACAUUUCUCGGCAACAUUAGAAGUCGGGAAAAAAGUAUUGAUUUGAAGGAAAGACGAAAGACUCUGGGGCCAGUGCACUAAAAUGAGUCUCUCUGGGGAGAGAGAGGAGGGGGGCCCUGCCUCUAAAAUGAGACACUCUGAGGAGAGAGAGGAGGGGGGCCCUGCCUCUAAAAUGAGACACUCUGAGGAGAGAGAGGAGGGGGGCCCUGCCUCUAAAAUGAGACACUCUGAGGAGAGAGAGGAGGGGGGCCCUGCCUCUAAAAUGAGUCUCUCUGGGGAACAUGACAUCAAACCUAAGAGCCCAAUCAAGCAGGAGAGACCAGCCUCCCCUGUUCCCAGCUGUGUGUCCAUGAAGAGUGACCAGUCUAUGGAACUACCUAUACAGUUUAGAGAGGGAGACUUUUCUACCGAACAAAGGGGAUGGUCUACUCUGCCACAGGAUCAGUCCAGGUGUGCAGUGUGUCAGCAGGUGCUGAGGGAUCCAGUCUCUAUCACCUGUGGACACAGGUUCUGCAGACAGUGCAUCACCAGAUACUGGGAGAAACCUGCUCCUUCAGGAGGCUAUGACUGUCCUCAGUGUAGAAAGAGAUCCAGAACACGUCCUGUACUACAGCCCCUGAGUGAACCCAAUGAUGCAAGAGGCUCUGAAAACAUGGAUGACAGCCUGCAGAGAGCUGUAGUAAACCAUAAAGACAGUCUGCAGAGAGCUGUAGUAAACCAUAAAGACAGUCUGCAGAGAGCUGUGGUAAACCAUAAAGACAGCCUGCAGAGAGCUGUAGUAAACCAUGAAAACAGUCUGCAGAGAGCUGUAGUAAACCAUGAAGACAGUCUGCAGAGAGCUGUAGUAAACCAUAAAGACAGUCUGAUAAGGAGGUAUGAAUAUGUGAUAGAAGGCAUCGAAACAGCAGGGACUCAAACUCCCCUUAACAGGAUUUACACAGAGCUCUACAUCACAGAAGGAGAGAGUGAAGGGGUUAACGAUGAACAUGAGGUGUGGCAGCUAGAGACAGCAUCCAGGACACCAACCUCACAUGACACAGCAAUCCACUGCAAUGACAUCUUUAAACCCUUAGCUGGCCAAGAGAGACGCAUCAGAACUGUGCUGACGAAGGGCAUCGCUGGCAUCGGAAAAACAGUCUCUGUGCAGAAGUUCAUCCUAGACUGGGCUGAAGGGAAGGCUAAUCAAGAUGUGGAGAUCAUAUUUGUGCUUCCUUUCCGGGAGCUGAACUUGAUCAACGAUCGCCAGUACAGUCUUCUCAGACUUUUAAAUGACUUCCACACAGAACUAGACAAAGGUAAUGCAGAGAAACUCACUGCCUGUAAAGCUAUGUUCAUAUUGGAUGGUUUGGAUGAAAGCAGAUUUCCAUUGGAUUUCCAGCAGAAUGAAAAGGUGUCUGAUGUCACCCAGACAUCAUCUCUUGAUGUUCUGAUGACAAACCUCAUCAAGGGGAAUCUGCUUCCCUCUGCUCUCCUCUGGAUAACUACCCGACCUGCAGCAGCCAAUAAGAUCCCUUCAGGGUGUGUUGACCAGGUGACAGAGGUACGAGGGUUCAAUGACACACAGAAGGAGGAGUACUUCAGGAAGAGAUUCAGUGAUGAGGACCUGGCCAACAGAAUCAUCUCACACAUAAAGACAUCAAGGAGCCUCCACAUCAUGUGCCACAUUCCAGUCUUCUGUUGGAUUUCUGCAACAGUCUUUGAACACAUGUUGAGUACAGACAUGAGGAGAGAGAUGCCCACGACUCUGACUGAGAUGUCCAUACACUUCCUGCUCAUUCAGACCAGACUGAAGAACCAGAAGUAUCAUGGAAGAGAUGAGAUGGAUCAAGAGGAGCUCAUGGAGUCAGAUAAGGAAAUUCUUCUGAAGCUGGGGAAGCUGGCGUUUGAACAUCUGGAGAAGGGUAAUCUGAUGUUCUAUGAAGAAGACCUGAAAGAGGCUGGCCUUGAUGUCAAAGAAGCUUCAGUGUACUCAGGAGUGUGCACACAAAUCUUUAAAGAAGAGUCUGUGUUAUUUCAGAGAGUGGUGUACUGCUUUGUUCAUCUGAGCAUUCAGGAGUUUCUCUCAGCUGUCUACAUGUACCAUUGUUACACAACCAGGAACAUGGAUGCACUGAAGCCCUUCCUCAAGAGAAAGUCUAGAGGUGCGUCUGAAGAGCUAACCUUGGAUGAGCUGCUGAAGAGUACCGUGGAUAAAGCCUUGGAGAGUAAGAAUGGACACCUGGACCUUUUUGUCCGCUUCCUUCAUGGCAUGUCACUGGCAGCCAAUCAGAAACUCCUACGAGGUCUGGUGACACAGACAGAAAGCAGUCCAGAGAGCGUCAAGAAAACAAUCCGAUCCCUGAAGGUGAUGCAGAGGAAGAACAUCUCCCCUGAGAGGUGCAUCAAUCUCUUCCACUGUCUGAUAGAGAUGAAAGACCAUUCAGUACAGAAAGUAAUCCAAGAGUACUUGAGGUCAGAGAACAGAUCCAAAAACCUCUCCCUUGCUCAGUGUUCAGCGCUGGCCUACAUGCUGCAGAUAUCAGAGGAGGUUCUGGAUGUGUUUGACCUGAAGGAAUACAAGACAUCAGAGGAGGGUCGUAGGAGACUGCUCCCAGCUGUUAGAGGCUGCAGGAAAGCUCUGUAAGUAUUCAUGAAAAUAUCACACACCAAAAUAAAUUGAAGUUACAGCUGCAUUUUCAUUGGCUGACUGGCUCUGUAAGUACCCAUGUGACUAUCCCUCAGAUCAAACUUUACUGUAUGUAGGAACAACAGUAUUUUCAUUGGCUGACUGGCUCUGUAAGUAGUCAUGUGACUAUCCCUCAGACCAAACUUUACUGUAUGUAGGAACAACAGUAUUUUCAUUGGCUGACUGGCUCUGUAAGUAGUCAUGUGACUAUCCCUCAGACCAAACUUUACUGUAUGUAGGAACAACAGUAUUUUCAUUGGCUGAAUAAACUUUCUAUCAGCUGAACACUCUCUAACUAUAUUACAAACUGAUCAGCACGAUAUACACAUUAUUUGAGCACUGCUAACAGUGUAAGCAGGGAAAGCUAAGCGAAAUAUUUGAAUACAACCUGUCUGUCAUUGUAUGUAUUCUGUGUUUCAGACUCACUGUCUGUAAACUCACAGAC